UGCGUCUCUUCGUCCGACAGAUAUUCCUUUAAAGGCGUAUUUAAAGCCCUGGCUUCAGUUGCAGGAGCAGCCGACAACAACCUAUGCAACAAAAGCUGCUGUCGCUGCAGUGCCGAGAGACUGUCCGACUGCCCAGCGGAGACAAACACGGAGCCAGCGGCUUGACACGACCCGGGGAGGUACGACUGCAGGGCUAAACAUUGCACCCUGGACCAAACGACAACGUCUCAGCGACAUUUAUGAAGCUUUCAAGGCCUUUUGAUUGAUCAGCCAAUCGAUGGGGAUUCUCAGAGGAGCUCCGCACACCGUCGCCGCCUGCCCUCCUCCGCCUGCCCCCUCCCCCCGCGGCCCCCGACUCACCCCCACCUACACCAUCAACCAGCCCUCCAUACACAAAAUGACUCUGAAACUCACCCAAUGGUCUUCUAUAUGGAUUUUUACUGCUUCUAAUAGACAGUAAAGAAAGGAGGAAAAAAAAGGAGGGAGAAAUCCUCAAUGACAAAAAAGCCAUAAACACCUCCCACACACACACACACACACACACACACACACUCACACACUCAUACACACACAAACAUAAACACAUGCACACACAAACACUGUCAUACCAAAUAAAGCUGACAGAGUUUUCCAGACAGUAAGUCACACACCUGACAAACAUACACAAAGAAACAAACGCACAAAGUCGCUCUUGGAAUGUACUGCUCACUCUUCCUGUGAAAUUCAGUUGCUUCCUUUAUUUUUCUGAGAUUUUCUACAAGCAUCAGGAAAGCUGAUUAUUUUUUGACUCGGGGAGAAAAAUAACGCGUUGAAUUUGAAGUUGCGGUGUUUUUAGAGGACAGCUUGUUUCGAGGACGUUGAUUGCUGUAGAUUGAUCUAUUAUUUUUAAUUUAGUUUAGUUUCUUUCAUUCUGAAAAUUUAGGUCUGUGCUUUUUCUCAGUUUAUUUACUCCUUAUAGGCUGUAUUAGUUUAACAGGACCCCGUUUUAGAUAAGUGUUAUUACCUCGCGUAUGUGGAACAUCUGUUACAAGUUUCAGUAGUUAUCAGCACUCUUUAAUUUCUUGAACACUUAAUAGAUGUAACAACUAUAUAUCCAGCAAGUUACAACCACUGAUUAUAAUUUGUAGCUUGAUUGUAUUGAAGUUACUUUUAGGAAGUCACUACUGCUUUUAAAGUGUCCCGAUACAAGCAACUUGUGGAAGCAGGGAAGUAGUACUGUUUUUUGUUUUUUUUAAAUCCUUUGAUAGCUGAGAUUUGUGUGAUCGAAGGGCGCGUGCUUUUUUCCCCCGUCGCGUGCAUGCCCUCCAACAUGCCUCCCCAGAACACAGAGGCUGACACCAUGCAGGUCGGAUCUCUGGUGGGCGGGGCCAACGCCAAAAACUCCACUGCAUCGGGCACGGAUGAGGAGAAAGGAGGAGCAGCAGGCGAGACGGAUGGAUUGGGAGGCGGAGGGGCGGCAGGAGAGGAGGAGGCUAGCGAGGGGUCGAUCGAAGGCAUUCCCUUGAAGAGAUGGGUGAUGCACGGCGCUGUGAUGUUUGGCCGGGAGUUCUGCUACGCCAUGGAGACGGCGCUGGUGACGCCUGUGCUGCUGCAGAUAGGUCUUCCAGAGCAGUACUACAGUCUGACAUGGUUCCUCAGUCCAGUUCUUGGCCUCAUGUUCACUCCUCUCAUCGGCUCGGCCAGCGACCGCUGCACUCUGCGAUGGGGCCGGAGGAGGCCUUUCAUCCUGGCCCUCUGUAUCGGAACGCUUAUCGGAGUGGCACUGUUUCUGAAUGGAUCAUUAAUAGGUCUGGCGUUGGGUGAUGAGAAAGGUAGUCAACCGAUAGGAAUCGUUCUCACCGUGCUGGGAGUUGUGGUGCUGGACUUUUGUGCGGAUGCCACAGAGGGACCAAUCAGAGCGUACUUGUUAGAUGUGGCGGACACGGAAGAACAAGACAUGGCGCUCAAUAUCCACGCCGCGUCAGCAGGCCUUGGCGGUGCAGUCGGCUACGCUCUCGGAGGCUUAGACUGGACGCACACGUUUCUCGGAUUAGCCUUCAAGUCCCAGGAGCAGAUUCUGUUCGUCUUCGCCGCCAUCCUCUUCUCCGUCUCUGUGGUGCUCCAUCUCUUCAGCAUCGAGGAGCAGCAGUACUCGCCCCAGCACGACAGGCUCGACCAGGAGAGUCCAGAGACCGGCGGCAGGCAACCAUCAGCCAAUGGCAAGACUGGAAUUCUGGCCCCCAGGCUGGAAAUGAUCGGAGAGGAUGAUACGAUGGAGAGCUACGACCUGUAUGACCCUUAUGUAGACGACCAGUCAGAGCAUGGAGACAUGGACUUCCUAGAGGUGGAGCUGGUGAGAAGCAAAAGUGACAGUGUCCUGGCCAUGGCAGACGCAACUCUCGACCACAUGGACCACGACGCGUUGUUCCUGUGCCACCUGGAGCCAUCCCUCUUUGCCGAUCGCCUCUCGCCGUACCACGGUUCGCCCCCUACCUCCAGUAACUUCUUCAUUCCCAGUCGCAGCACUCCGCCUCCCCACCUCGGCAGCAUCAGACGCAGCAGCAGCGCCGGAAGCCAAGACCUGCUUCGCCCUCAAAGCAACAGCCAUCAAACCACCGCCCCCAGGAUUUCCCGCCUCUCUGCUUUCUUACAAGAGAUGGAAAACGACGACGGACAGGAGGCGUUGCUGAACAACCAGCUUAACGAGCAGCGGACGCUGAAUGGACGACUGUUGGCCAGUGUGACCAAUGCAGAUAGAGAUGGCUCGAACAGGCUGAGCUCUAAGGGUCAGGCUCACCGCGCUGGAAUGGUCAAAGCCGCCAGUACAGGAGCUCCCAUGCGCCAGUCACGCCACCGCCACAUCUUCUACCGGCAGCCGUCCUGCACCUUCUCCUACUACGGCCGCGUGGGAAACCACCGUUACCGCUACCGCCGGGCCAACGCCGCUUUCCUCAUCAAGUCGUCCCGCAGCAUGAACGACCUGUAUGAGGUGGAGGCCAGGCACAGGAGGAGGAGCAGGCAGAGGAACAGGCACCGCAGCGGAAACACCAACUCUUCCAGCGGGGACACAGAGAGUGAAGAGGGCGAGGUCGAGACCACCGUGCGGCUGCUGUGGCUGUCCAUGCUGAAGAUGCCUCCAGAGCUUCUGCGUCUGUGUGUCUGUCACCUGCUCACCUGGUUCUCCAUCAUCGCAGAGGCCGUCUUCUUCACCGACUUCAUGGGACAAGUCAUCUACCAUGGAGAUCCCACUGCUUCUGCCAACUCUACUUUGUUGGAAAAUUAUCACAAAGGAGUUCAAAUGGGAUGCUGGGGACUUGUUAUAUAUGCCAUGACUGCUGCCAUAUGCUCAGCCAUUCUUCAGAAAUAUCUCGACAACUUUGACCUGAGCAUUAAGAUCAUCUACAUUCUGGGGACUCUUGGAUUCUCUAUUGGAACUGCUGUCAUGGCUAUCUUCCCUAAUGUGUACGUUGCCAUGGUGAUGAUCAGCAGCAUGGGCAUCAUCUCCAUGAGUAUCUCCUACUGCCCUUAUGCUCUGUUAGGGCAAUAUCACGAAAUGAAAGAGUACAUCCAGCACAGUCCUGGUAACUCCCGAAGAGGCUUUGGCAUCGACUGUGCCAUCCUAUCCUGUCAGGUGUACAUCAGUCAGAUAUUGGUGGCUUCAGCUCUGGGCGCCGUAGUGGAAGCUGUUGGUAGUGUUCGUGUCAUUCCCAUGGUGGCCUCUGGGGGCUCUCUGCUUGGAUUCUUCACCGCCUGCUUCCUGGUCAUUUAUCCAAAUCCACACAGCGACAGGGAAUCGGCCAAAGCGUCGGAGAAACGGGCUUUGACAAAUCACAAAAGCAGCACCGGGGACGUUGCCGUGGUGAUAGAAAAACCUAGCUUCCUGAAACUCAACAAAGAGGGCAAGGCCACCACCACUACCACUUCCUGUAACGCGGAAAACGAGUCUGCCCUGUGAUUGGUCGGCGUAGUUGACGGACACACUGCUGCAGAAACAAAUUGAUUCACUUUUGACGUCAGCACCGUUUGAAAAGACUUCAAGACGUACCUCUGUCCUCAUCAUACUGGAGUUUACAGCAACAAAGAAGACAGAGAUGGAGAAUCGUCCACUCUUGGUGUGUAAUCUGGCUUUGACAGCAGUUCUAAUUAACGUGUCGGGAUUUGCUGAAGAAAAGGACUUGAUCUACUGUGGGACCAGUAUCACAUCAGAACAACCUACGCAAAAAAAUAAAUAAAUAAAAAAAAAAAAGAAAGAAAAUCAUUCUGGUCCCAGGGCGAUUUCAGCCCUAAAAAAAAAAAAAUUCCUUCCAAUUUUUUGUCAUAGACAUUGGAUUGAUCCAUCAGGGUUGUGAGUACUUCAUUGGUCAUGUCUCUCAGGGCCUCUGGGAGGUGCUACUGAGCAGCCACCUGGACAGGAAACUUCAGGGGACUGGCAUCCGUACAUACAAACCCUCACCCUCUUCAUAUGGGGGUGACGCAAUUGAAUGAACACUGUUGAUGAACAUUAGUCCUCGAAGCUGCAAUCAUUAAAUAAUGCUGAAAAUCGUUCUUCCUCACCGUGGAAUCGGCUCAAUCGAAAAUAUUUCGCUUCGGAAGCUGAUUGAUAAGAAUGUGUGUGUUUGCUGACUUGACGUCUCCGGCAGAGGCACCUGUGUUCACCAAAAUAACCCCAACAAGUCUAUCAGCUUUGCGGGACUUUUGUGCCACUCUGUCAUGGUAGCUUUAAGACUUUUAAGACUCUAGAGACAUUUGCAAGUCGCAUUUCUGAAACCGAGCCCAAAGGCUGGCUCUCUCUGAGAAAUGGUUGAUCUGGAGUGCGAAAAUCAUCAGUUUAGUCUUCAUCACAGGGCUACGAACAUCUGCCCGGAAAUAUCGAGCAUGAGCAUAAAGCUGCCUGUGUAUUGAAAUAGAAAUAUACAGUAAAUUGGAUGAAAUUCCACAAAGAAGUGUGUAAAAUACAGUGUGUGCAGUAUACAGGGCAUUACAAUCCCAAAUAUUCUCACGACUUACUGAGGAUCCACAAUGAUGUUUGUUUUGAAUAACAAGACUAACCUACAUGCUGCAUGUUCGAUGAGGACAGAAGAGACAAACCAAACAGCGAAGGAGGAAAGAAGAUGUGGAGAUGUUCUCUUUCUCUUUGCGCUUUGUUUUUUGCCUUUUUGUUGAUUUUAGAAAAUGCUGUUAGCGUAAUGCUAAUCACUAAAUGCACAUUAGCUGAGCCACUGUUGGAUAAGUUACGGCGUUCACUCAGAAAAUCUGUGUUUGAAAUUCCCUCUCAGUUGGAUUUAUUCACCUUAGGACACCAGCGGGACGGAGUUUGGACCGGGACACAUGAAAAUUAGAGCGGAUAUGUGAAUGAAAAAAACGUUAAGAAGCAUUAUGUUUCCAGGCCUUAUGUGGUAGAAGAGAAAAAACAAAAUAAAUCUCUGUAAUGUUGAUCUAGCUGUUUAUAACUAGGCCAAGGCUUCAAUGGGGGAUUAUGCUUCUGUGUGUUCCAUUUAAUGGGCCAAAUAUAAUCGACAGGGAGCAGCAGAAUAGAGGGUUUUAGAUGCUAAUUACCUCUCUGUGUGGGGAGAAAUGUACUAACUAAAAAAAAAGAAGAAAGAAAAUAGUUUGAUGUUUUUAGAAAUGGUUUGCUUUGUUGCUUAAAGUCAGAAGAAAACAUUGAUAUGACUAAUAAGGAUACAGUAAAGACAAGACAAAAGCCAGCAGUGGUUAGCUUUAGCUUAGCAAAAAUGCUAUCUUCAGAAGUUACACAACCAACUAGGCAUCACCUCCUUUACAUGUAAACAGAUUUAACCAUGAGAUAUAAUUUGGUUAUCAGUGAGCUUUUAUAGAUGCUAGAAGGCUAACGUGUUUCCCUGUUCUUGGUGCUAAGCUAAGCUAACUAGCUGCUGCCUGUGUAUACACCCGUUUUCUAUCAAUCUUCUCGUCUGAAAUGGGCUAGAAAGCAGCAUUUGUUUUUUCUCAAAUGUCAAAUUACUUUGAAAAUGUUGAAAAACGUAAUUGUAGCAGGUUUAGGACAGUUUGAGGCAUUGUUUUGUUUCUUUUGAAGAUUCCUUUAGAGCCAGAGAUCUUAUUAUUUAAGAUCUACAACUUUAAAACUGCAAAAUUAACACAAGUAAUAAUACACCACAUUCUAGACAAAUCCCUUAAUGACAAAGCAUUAUUUCUGGAAUUUAACAUCUUCGGGAGCGUUGCAAGAGAUGUUUCCGAUGCUCCAUUUUGCAUCAAGUUUAAGAAAAUGUUUUUUUGGAAAGAGGUUGCAUCUACUAAGGUCAAGCAGCAACAACGUGAUGAGUGUAGCUUUACUUCAACCCUGUAAACACCAACAGUUCGACUAGUCACAAGAGGGGAUAAACACAGGUUUUUACAAAAAAUAAUCUCUUAAUUUUACUUAUUGAUAAAAUUAUAAUCUUAAUCAUUUGAAUGUUUCCUCAGCUGAUUGUGCUAAGGAUGUGUUUAAAAAAAAAAAAAAAAACUUGAAAGACAGAACGAGAGAUUAUAUUUUGUGUCGUUCGUCUGAUCUUGUGUUACGACAACAGCCCCUGUUAAUCAAGCCGGGGGUGGGAGGGGGGCUGUGUGAAGUGGGCAGAGCAGGGUUGUUUGUGUUACUGAAAUCCUUCUUUUCUCCUGCAUCUGUCAGGGUGAAAGGCUGCGGAUUUGGGUCAGUUUUAUUUUUCGGCUAAAUCAGCUGAAACAUGCAACUUGAGAGGGAGAGAAAUGUAAAUUGCAGUGGGCGGAUAUCCUAAUGAAAGAGCGUUUUUAUUUGAGUGUUAUUAUUUGGAGAAGAUUAAUUUCAUAUUUGGGGUUUUUAGAAGAGAUUUCACUCACUGAUUAUGGGUUGUGUUUUUCUUUUCCUUUUUUUUUUUUUUUUUAAUUCACUUGGGGUCAGUUCGGUGCAGAGUUUUACCCCGUUUUGUUUUUAACAAAUUAAAUUCCUCCCAUGUUUUCAGGUACAUUCAGUCAGUCUCAGACCAGAGUAGAGGGAAAGUGUUACGCUUCCUGUGUUGAUCUUGCUCUGAUGGCUGCGAUGCUGGGACAAAUAAAAGCAGAGAUGGGACAAUGACGGACGACAAGGACUUACAUAUGCCAGACUUUUGAAUGGCCUCUCUAACCACUCCGGCAAUAAAAUACUCUAAAUAAGAAAAAAAUGGACACGUGACAUCAGUUUAAAGACAAAGAUGAAGAUUUGAAGAAGGAAAAAAACAACAAAACAACUACGUUGUGUUUGGGAGGUUUGCAUGCGACAACAGCGAUAUGCAUGUGUGGAACACCAAAGUAUGACUCUGUACAAAUCACUCAAGCUCUUUUCUUUAUAGGUCAGGGAUGUUUUUUUUCUAAUGCAUGGCUGGAUGUUUGUCUCAUUAUGUUUGAACUUCAAUGUUUUGAGAAAAAAAAACUGAAAAAAAUCAACAUGUACUCUUCGAGCUGAAGCAUUGUGCUCGGUCUGGGUCAGUGCACUCUUAACAAGCAUGGAAGUGUUACACAUUUUUGCACAGGUGAAGUUGCAGACAGCAACGAUCUUGUCACUUUUUAGCACUGGGUAACGUGAAGAGGUGAGGUGUGCGCUGUGCAGAGCGGCGCUCCUUGUUAAAAGUGUCGACGAGAACCUCCAGGCCGCGAAUACUUGAAGUGCAACUUGAGUGUUUCUGUUCCGAUGCAGUGAGAAGGUCUCUGAUUCGUGGGUUUUACGUUGUUCUUAAUGUCCCAAGCCUUUUUACCGUAGACUCUGGAAUGUUCACGCGGCACGGCUGCAGCUCGGCCUGCUGGGAGAUUGAGUUCUUAAACCUUUUGAUUCCAUCUGGUGACUUAAAUUUUUAUUUCUUCUUUAAAGUCAAUGAAUGUGACUUGAUUUCAGCCGAAAUCAUUUUCGUUUUGAUGUUCGACAAGCCAGGGUGGAGGUCUUGACGUUGCACAGAACUUGCACAUCAUAAGUAGAAUUAUGUUGCAAAAGACAGUUUUAAAAAAACGAACUGUGGAUAUUUAUUUUUGAGCUUUCUUGUCUAUAAACGACACUUUUCACUUGGUUUCCAAAUGAGCAAAUUAAAGCUACUCUUUUUGCUGUUAUGGGAGAUGCUACAGAAGUGAACUGGACUGUGUGUGUGUGCGCGCGCAUGUGUGUGUGAGAGAGAAUGAGAGAGAAAGCGGUUGAUUCAGCUGUUCACGUGUAAAGCAAAAGACGAGUGUGUUAAAAAUGUCAUCUCAGUGUUCAUUUUUAGGUUCUUGUUCUCUGCUCUUUGCAAUCACCUGGUUUACACUUGUCUCUGGAAUCAAUGGCUGCAAUACCGGAAGUUAUUUACGAGUCUUUUUUGUCUCUGUUCUGAUGUUUAAUUCAACUAGACAAUGUCCUUUUUUUUUUUAAAAAAAAAUGUUUUUUUUUUUUUUUUUGACUUUUAAGGCAGAGCCGCACGUAAGAGUUUGGCCUUUGCACUUUUACAGUGGCAGCCAUGUUGGCUCCACCGUCCCGAUCGCUGAGUGGAUGUGAAGACGCGGUGAUGUUGCUUCAUGUUCCCAACCAGCGGCUGCAGUUAGUCCAACCGGUCCAAACUGUGUAUGUGCGGCUCUGCCUCUAGGAAACUGUGUUAAAGCAGAAAGAUGCCUAUAUACUUUGAUUUUUAAUAGAGAUUUAAUCCAGAUGAAUACUUAAAGAAUGGGAAAGCAAAUAUACACAGUGUACUAUAUAUAUAAUAUGCCUUGUUAUUUGAAGAAAAGAUGUAAAUAUACAUAUUUCUCUUUUAGUUUCUUCUUUUUUGCUGCUAUAAAAAAGAUGAUUAUUUUGUUAGUAGUUUUGUUUUCUAUAUAAAGUCUGUAUAUAUACAUAUAUAAAUAUAUAUAUAUCUCUAUGUCAUGUAAAUAUGCUUGAGCCUUCAUAUGUAGGACUCUGGAUGAACACUGUAUGGAACGCACCUUUAAAAUCUGUUAAGAAAUAAACAAACAAUGACUUCUUUCA